UUAAAUGCUGUUAAAUCACGGGGAAAUGUGAUUCAAUGCUCGAGUCAUAAUGGCCGAAUCACCUGGAAAGUACCUUUCAUUGGUCAGAAGUGCAACAGCAGCUCUAAUGACCCAUGACCAGAGUUUUACAUAAAAUGCAGCGUGUCUAAGUGAACUCCCCUCAUCUCCACUAUCACCAUCAAAGGAUCCAACUCUUUUCUUUUUGGUGUUUUUCCGUUUCAUUAUGGCGGCUUAGACACCUUCAGAAGGGAUGUCCUGUUGGGGGGAGGGGUUUGAGACACAUAUCCAUUUGGUUUGUGUGUGUUGUGAAGUCAGAAUUUUAUUUUAGUUAUGUCUCGUUAUAUUACAUAUAUGUGUAAGAUUGUAUGCAUUAGUAAUAUGUUUCCUUUAAGUUUUAAUGCAGUGUAUAUGGAUCCAGGAUGAAGUGAUGAGUAACAGACCAGUUUUAAACUACAAUAUAAGAGCAUAUUGCUGUGUGGUGAUUACCAUGUACUUUGAAGAUUGUAUAAUGACCUAAAUGUGGCCUUGUGGCUGCUGGAUAUAGAGAUUGAAUGAUUUGAGUUAGUUUUUUUUUUUUUUUUCUAGGGGCUUAAGUAUCUUUAUUGUCAGUCAAUUCUCAUCAGUUACAUUUACCAACAGUUUUGUAAAUGAGUGAAUGAGCGCUGAUAUUCUCAAACCUUUCUCCCUUCUUAUGGACAUCCCUUUUGCCGAAUAUUAAUCCAGUCUUUAAAUGGAAACACUUCUUCAACUCAAAAACAACCAAUUUUUGAUGAGCCUGUGUCGAAAUGGACCACCACCUGAAUUACAAUAUGACAACUCCUCAGAGCUCUUCCGUAUUUCCAGUUUUGCCCGAUUCCCAUCGUCAGGGGUGACUGAGCGAAGUUUGGCGCGAGCGGGCUGGUUUUACACUGGUGUGGGGGAUCGUGUGCAGUGCUUUAGGUGUAAUGUGACCGCAGAGGGCUGGCAGCCGGGGGACUGUCCCACUGAGAAACACAAACAGCUGUCUCCAUCCUGCUCUUUCAUCCAGAGCCUCCCUCCAACUGCCAACCUGCUGUCAUCCUCUCACUCGGCCUUCUCUCCUCUCCGCAUCCCACCAACCCUUCCCCUCUCUGGUCCAGGUCCGGCUGCUCCAAAUACAUCAGGCAGCCAAGGUGAAGAGCCAGUGGGCUACUUAAACAUGGGCUUUUCCGCGCUGCCUCCCUCUAGUCCUCUCACCUCCCGCGGUGUCGAAGACAUGUCCCAUCAAAGGCCCACAUGUCACAACCCCAGCAUGCGCCGGGAACAGGACCGCCUGGACUCCUUCCAUACCUGGACAGUCACAGUCAUAACUCCGGCUGAGCUCGCCAAAGCAGGCUUCUACUACCUGGGUCAGGGCGACCGAGUGGCCUGCUUCAGCUGUGGAGGACAGCAGUUGAGUAACUGGGAACCAGGCGACCGAGCUGUGUCUGAACACCAGAGGCAUUACCCAAACUGCCGGUAUGUCCGAGGCGACAGAGCGGACAAUGUGUCUUUGGCCUCUGCCACUGCUGCCUCAGGAGCCAUCACCCAGCAGCUUCCAGGAGGAGCAUCUGCCCUCAGCAAUGUGUCCAAUCCUGCCAUGGCCCAGAGUGAGGAAAGACUGCUCACCUUUGUCAACUGGCCCUCGCGAAUCCCUGUCCGACCAGACCAGCUAGCUAAUGCUGGUUUCUACUAUGUAGGUCGCAAUGAUGAUGUGAAGUGUUUUUGCUGUGAUGGGGGUCUGCGCUGUUGGGAAUCGGGAGAUGAUCCUUGGGUGGAACAUGCCAAGUGGUUUCCUCGAUGUGAAUAUUUGCUCCAGGAAAAGGGUCAGGACUUUGUUCACCAAAUUCAGGCUCGAUUUCCUCGUCUGUUUGAACAGCUGUUAACUAAUGGAGAUGGCUCCAGAGAGUUUGUGGACCCCCCUGUGGUUCACUUGGCUCCAGGAGAGGAGCGCUCUGAAGACGCAGUUAUGAUGAACACUCCUGUUAUUAAAUCAGCUCUAGAGAUGGGGUUUGAACGCAGCCUUGUCAAACAAACCGUACAAAGUAAAAUAUUGACCAGUGGUGAAAACUACCGAACUGUACAGGAGCUGGUGUCUGACCUGCUGAGUGCUGAGGACCAGAAAAGAGAGGAGGAACGAGAGAUGUUAGCAGAGGCCAUGGCAUCAGAUGGAUUCACAUUUGUGAAGAGACACCAAGCUUCACUGGUCCAGCGGCUGAAGACCGUGGAGCCAGUCCUGGAGCAUUUAAGAGACCAGAAUGUUCUCACUGCUGAGGAAUACAGCGGUCUCCAGGCCCAGACUUCAGCACAACAGCAAACUGCCAGGCUGAUAGAGCUGGUCCUCACUAAAGGCAAUGCUGCGGCAGAGGUUUUCAGAAACUGGAUCCAGAAAAACGAUGUUCAUCUACUUAGAGAUCUCAUGGCCCAAUCUAACGAAGCUGUAUCACCAAGUCAAGACCUGUCAGACCUUCCCAUGGAGGAACAGCUUCGUCGUUUGCAGGAAGAGCGCACUUGUAAAGUGUGCAUGGAUAAAGAGGUCAACAUUGUCUUUAUUCCAUGUGGACACCUGGUGGUGUGCAAAGAGUGUGCUCCGUCACUGCGCAAGUGCCCAAUCUGCAGAGGCCUGGUCAAAGGCACUGUCCGAACCUUCCUCUCAUAAGGAUUUAUUUUUCGUAGUUGAAUGUUAAAGCAAUGUCUUAAACCAGCUAGUUAUGAACACCUGUGACAGAGGCCUUGGUUAGUGUAUUUACAUAUUGAAUAAAGCACUUAAACUGC